GUAUCUUUUCCACCAAUUAUGCAAACUGUAAUCGCGUAGAAGCACUACCCUAGAUGCUUCCAAAAAAAAUAAAAUCAACUAUAAAUUCUCUCUUCACAUCCCUUAUUUUCUUCACACCAAAAACAACAAACGUUAUUUCCUUUAGCAUAUGUCUCAAAGGCCUUCUGUUCCUCACUCUUCUUCUAUAGCCUGUGGCCUUCAUUCCCAUCUCCUGGUUUCCAGUGAGAUGUCCUCUAACUCCAAUUGGUCCUUUUCCAAUUAAUUCAUUCUUUUGUAUUCAUUAUUAAUUCUUUUUUAUUCUUCUUACAAUUUUAAACCCUUUUACCAAAAACAAAACAUCAUGGGUGUUAAAGGUUUUGUUGAAGGUGGUAUUGCUUCGAUUAUCGCUGGAUGUUCUACACAUCCUUUGGAUCUUAUUAAGGUUCGGAUGCAACUUCAGGGAGAAAACGCUCCUAAACCGAACCCGGUUCAGGUUCUUAGACCAGCACUUGCUUUUGGCCAAACCGGAUCAGCAACCUCGAUCCACGUGGCAGGGCAAACUGCGGUUCCACAAGCGCGUGUGGGUUUGGUUUCGGUUGGAGUUCGUCUUGUUCAACAAGAGGGUGUUAAGGCUUUGUUCUCCGGUGUUUCUGCUACCGUGCUCCGGCAGACGCUGUAUUCUACUACCAGGAUGGGUUUGUAUGAUAUUCUGAAGAAUAAAUGGACGGAUCGUGAAGCUGGCGGGACUAUGCCGCUGGCUCGUAAGAUUGAGGCUGGACUUAUUGCUGGAGGAGUUGGAGCUGCGAUUGGAAAUCCGGCUGAUGUUGCUAUGGUUAGAAUGCAAGCCGACGGGAGACUCCCGGCGGCUCAGAGGAGAAACUAUAAAUCUGUUGUUGAUGCCAUUACUAGAAUGGCUAAGCAGGAAGGCGUGACCAGUCUAUGGCGCGGGUCAUCACUUACCGUUAACCGCGCCAUGCUGGUCACGGCUUCCCAGUUGGCAUCUUAUGAUCAGUUUAAGGAGAUGAUUUUAGAGAAAGGUGUGAUGAAAGAUGGACUUGGGACUCAUGUGACAGCGAGUUUUGCGGCUGGGUUUGUGGCAGCAGUUGCUUCGAAUCCGGUGGAUGUUAUUAAAACUAGGGUUAUGAAUAUGAAGGUGGAGGCUGGUAAGGAACCAUCUUAUGCUGGUGCAUUGGAUUGUGCUAUGAAAACGAUUCGUGCUGAGGGUCCUAUGGCUCUUUACAAAGGAUUUAUUCCUACAAUUUCGAGGCAGGGACCUUUCACUGUUGUUCUGUUUGUUACCCUGGAGCAGGUUCGCAAGGUGUUGAAGGAUUUCUGAGUUAUAGGAUCGAUGACCGAUGAUGAUGGCGAAGAAGUUUAGCUUUUAAUUUGAUUCCAAUAAACUGUUCUAAUGUGAUGUUCAUUUUGAUGAUGUUAUUGAUUAAUGAAAACCAUGGAUUUUAAAUUGCUAUGCAAA